AUGUCGCAGAUCAAGUAUCAGAGAGGCUUUGGCAACCACUUCACCUCCGAGGCAAAGCCAGACACGCUGCCCAAGUUUGGCCACUCGCCCCAAAAGGUCAACCACGGCCUCUACGCCGAGCAGCUCAGCGGCACUGCCUUCACUGCGCCUAGGGCCAAGAACCAGCGAGCCUGGCUCUACCGCAUCCGUCCUUCGGUCAACCACGAGCCCUUUCGCAGCUACGAACAGAAUCGUGUGCUGGGCUCGUUCCAUGCCCACUCGCCUGACAUCCAUGCCACGCCGCAGCAGCUCCGCUGGGAUCCGCUCGUGGAGAAUGUCGGCGCGGAUGUCGACUUUGUAGAUGGCAUGGUCACGCUCGCCGGUGCUGGCGACACGCAGCUCAAGAACGGCAUUGCCAUCCACACCUACACUGCCUCCAAGUCGAUGGGCCGUCGAAGCUUCUACAAUUCCGAUGGCGAUCUGCUGAUCGUGCCGCAGCGCGUGCCGCUGCUCCUCCGCACCGAGUUCGGUCUGCUCCACGUUCCGCCGCUCCACAUCGCCGUCGUGCAGCGUGGCAUCAAGUUCUCGGUCGACUUUGACCCUGCCGACUCUGUGUCCGCAUCCAACCCUGCAUUCGGCUACAUUUGCGAGACGUUCAAGGGCCACUUUGAGCUUCCCGACCUCGGACCCAUUGGUGCCAACGGUCUGGCCAAUCCGGAAGAUUUCGAGACGCCCACAGCGCUGUACGAAGACGCUUCGGAGGACUGGACGGUGAUCAACAAGUUUAUGGGUCGAUUCUUCUGCUACAACCAGUCGCACUCGCCGUACGACGUGGUGGCCUUCUCGGGCAACUACAUCCCCUACCGUUACGAUCUGACCAAGUUCAACACGAUCGGCUCGAUUUCCUACGACCAUCCGGACCCGAGCAUCUUUACCGUGCUCACUUGUCCCACCGAUACGCACGGCACGGCCGUGUGCGAUUUCGUCAUCUUUCCACCGCGAUGGCUUGUGGCCGAUGACACCUUCCGCCCGCCCUACUUCCACCGCAACUGCAUGUCCGAAUUCAUGGGCAAUAUUGUGGGUGUCUACGAUGCCAAAGCGACGGGAUUCGUGCCUGGUGGAGCGAGCUUGCACAAUAUGAACUCGGCACAUGGUCCCGAUGCAGAGACGUUCGAAAAGGCAUCCAAUGCGCCACUCAAGCCAGCCAAAGUCGGCGAGGGCAGCAUGAGCUUUAUGUUCGAAUCCGCCUAUCAGCUGGCCACCACCAAAUAUGCCAUCGAGGAGAGCGGCAAGGUGCAGCAAGAUUAUUGGAAGGCGUGGGCUGAUCUCAAAAAGAACUUCCAAGGAUAA